UACGAUGUCACAGGUCGACGUGUACGUUGGACCGAACAGCCCGGUAAGGCUGUCAAUAUCGCAGAUUGAUACCAGGUCACAACAAAGCUUUCCCAGACGACCUAGCCCAACAACUUCUGAAAAGAGAUCCUACAUGAGCAUUUUGAUGAAGAACCUACAGAAAAGCAACCCCCCUGGCACCCCCACGGGAGGGAAGGAGGGAGCGAAGAGUGACGGCAAGGAUCCGGCGAAGAAGGAGGCACACAAUGAGUCCCAGUUACACCCUAUUCUAGCAUCAAGAUAUGCUACUGAGCUGUUUAAGGCACAAAACGUUUUCAGAACAGAUACCCCGGACACUCUGAUGACAGAGUACACCAAUAAGCCUGAUAUUACUGUUAGAUGUGACAAGUGUGGCAUCUUCAUCGACAUCCGGACCCUCCUUGACCACCGCAGCUUCCACAAUGCCCUCACCGUGAUGAAAUUCAAGUGUUCCACCCUGCCAGACAACUCCGAAGCACUCCUCAAGCGGAGAAAUGCCAUCCUCCGCAGACUGAAGAAUGAGGCCAGAGAAAAUCCUAUUGACCCAAAAGCCAUAAAAGUGAUCAACGACGCCUAUGAACGUCUGAAGUCUGAUAUCGAAGACACAUAUGACAUGUGUCGACAGAUUCGUCAAAACAUUAACACAAAUGUAAACGGAGUGUCCUUGAACUGUAGCCCAUCAUGUACACUGGCAGUGGGCUUGUGUUCAAGCCAGAAUGAAAGAUGGAAAAGUGUGAUGGAGGAUACCAGAGUGUUUCAAGAUUAUUUUGGAGACGAUCAUGACAAAUGUUACCUUGCUCUGUUUGACGGCCACCAUGGACGUUUUGCAGCGGAAGUGGCAGCAUCAGAGCUUCACAGACUUCUGUUAAACGAGAUGGCCAAAUUUGACCCCAAGACCAAAUCAACAACUGCCCACAACCUUGCUGAUGUGACAGACAUCUCCCACUACAAGUUUGACCGCCCGGACACAAAGGACAGUGAGCGGGUUCUGCUCCACCAAGAGAGUAUGGACAUCAUUCAACAGAUCAUUGCCCUGUGUGAGGCCAAGUAUGACCUUCUGAUGAAGGACAAAGGACAACAUCCUGAAGGUGAUGAAGAGACAAAGAGGAAGAAGUCUUCCAAACCUAAGCAUCCCCUCUCGCCCAAAAUAUCCAGUGCCUUCAAGAAGGCUUAUCACCUGCUGGACAUCUUGUUGUCCUAUGGGAAGGAUGAGUGUUCCAAGGUUCGCUGGAGUGGAUGUUCAGCUCUUACUGCCAUAGUACAGGCUACGGAGCCUGGAGACAGCUCCAAGGGAUCAGAGAACUCUCCUCAGGAUGAGGGAGGGAAUGGUGACACUGCAGUACAACUAGGUCUUGUUCAUCUGGCUAAUGCAGGUAAUAUCCAUGGAUUGUUGGUACGAGGAAACACUUCGUAUAGGUUAACAAAGGAUCAUACACCUAGCAAUCCGAAGGAACGGAAGCUCGUUCUCAAGAACGGAGGUACCCUCAGUGAAAGUUCUCGUGAAUGCCAAGUGAAUGGCGUCGUGGCAACCACCCGUGGUCUGGGUAACCAUGGUGAUCUCAGUCUGAAGAAAUGCCUGCAGGUGGAGCCACACACUACCUGCGUACCCAUUGACCAGUAUGCCCAAUUCCUGGUGUUUGCCACUAAUGGCGUGUGGGAAAUAUUUUCAGAUCAAGAAGUCACAUCACUACUGCUGAAGAUGCUGCCGACCCACCAUGUACCCCCUCCCAGUAGUAUAUCCUCCAGUCUCCAGCCCCUCCUUGACGAGAUCGAGAACAACGAGAAGGCCAAACAAGCUGAGGUCAUCAGAGACAAUUUAAACAAGGCUGACAGCCGAAAAGUGUCAUUUUCUAACAAUGACCUUGAACAGGGCGACCUUCCUGACAUUGAUGUCGAAUCUUGUUCCAAGGAAAUAUCAAAUAUAUGUCAGUCAGAAGAUGGUAUGAGUGAUGCUCAAGCUACCUCAACACCAGUGGAAGAGAUUAAGACUGGACAGGUCAAUACUCUGACCAUUGAAGCAGAUCUGAGAACAGAGAUUGGCAGCCAUCUUGAAGAUGCUUCAGAUUUAGAUCAAGGUCAUGGCCUUGACCCAGACUUUCUGACCCUCCCAGUUCAUGCAGACAUUCCCGACCAUGUUCCAGAGACCUUGGAGGAGAAACAGCGAGAAUUGGCAAAGAACAUGGCAGAGUAUCUGGUACAGGCAGCGCUGUUGGCCGGUGCCAAGGACAACAUCUCCGUCAUGGUUAUGCUUCUUCCAGGAAGCGGUGUCUGACCAACUCAUUUUAUUAGUUGACAAGUCUGUGAUAUCUAAUCUGCCAAAAUUGACUGUUAUGGAAUAUGUGUUAUCAGUUUGUUUUGAAUUAAUGUAAACCUUUUUUAGAGACAUACUUAUUCAUGGUUGACUGACUGCAUUUAGCAAUCUCUCAUGCUGUCCAAGUUUUCAUCAAAACAGUUAUAAAUGAUAAUUUUACAUAUAUGUAUUUUGUACUACAGAGUUUUUGGACCAAAGAUAGAAGACGGAAGAGGGUGAAUGAAAAGGAAAAUAUUUGGCAGAAAGCGUUAGGGUGUCAUUAAAUUGUUGCCUCUUUCAUGGCAGAUUCUAACCUGUAUCUGGUAGCUUCAUUUAUGCCAGUUCCUGAAGUAGACAGCUGUUCUGUGUUGUGGCGAUAAUGCUAGUUAUUAGUCGACAUUAGGUAAAGCCAUACAAGAAAACCAUUAUUACAUAGUCACAAAACCCACAGCAUUGCUGGGACUUGGUGCCAUGUUCAGUGAUGCUCAUGUAUGUGUGAACAGCAUUAAUGAACACGGUGUGAUUUGAUUGAAUGUGAUGCAGAAAUCUUCCAGUAACUACAUUUCAUGGUGGGGCGGUGGGGUAGCCUAGAGGUUAAAGCGCUCGCUCGUCA